UUUCCUCUUCUCGUGCUCUGAAGUCUGAAUCUGUAAUGGAAAUGCUCGCCAUGAAGCUUCUGUCGGUGCUACUGUUUGCUACUUGCUACGUCUCCUUAGCCUUCACCGAUGGAUUAUUACCAAACGGAGACUUCGAGAAAGGGCCAAAUUCUUCGCAGCAGAAGGGGACGGUGGUGACUGACCGACACGGGAUUCCAAACUGGGAGUUAUCGGGUUACGUGGAAUAUAUUAAGUCGGGCCAGAAGCAGGGAGACAUGCUUCUGGUGGUACCGGAGGGAGCCCAUGCGGUGAGGUUAGGGAAUGAAGCGUCAAUUAAACAGAAGGUGAAGGUGACCAAUGGGAUGUAUUACUCCAUCACUUUCAGUGCAGCUCGUACGUGCGCCCAAGAGGAACAGCUCAACGUGUCUGUAGCACCGGACUCCGGUGUGCUACCUAUGCAAACUCUGUACAGCAGCAGCGGAUGGGAUUCCUAUGCAUGGGCGUUCCAGGCCGAUUAUCCAGAGGUUGAGAUUCUUAUCCAUAACCCAGGAGUGGAGGACGACGCUGCCUGUGGACCCCUCAUCGAUGCCAUUGCCAUGCGGACCUUGUAUCCUCCUAGGGCCACCAACAAGAAUCUACUGAAGAAUGGGGAUUUUGAAGAAGGACCAUACGUGAUACCAAACACAACUUGGGGAGUCUUGGUCCCACCAAACAUCGAAGACGACCACUCUCCACUGCCAGGGUGGAUGGUGGAAUCGCUUAAAGCCGUGAACUACAUAGACUCACACCACUUCGCCGUGCCGCAAGGGAAGCGUGCGGUGGAGCUCGUGGCCGGAAAAGAGAGUGCCAUCGCACAGGUGGCUCGAACCGUCCCAGGCAAAGUCUACUCCCUAACAUUCGCAGUAGGAGACGCGAGCAACGCCUGCCAAGGGUCCAUGAUUGUGGAGGCUUACGCCGGAAGAGCCAGCCUUAAAGUGCCGUACGAAUCACAGGGGAAAGGAGGUUCGAAGCGAGCGGUUCUAAGGUUCACGGCGGUGUCUACACGAACCCGGGUGGUGUUCUUCAGCACCUAUUACACCAUGAAGAGCGAUGCAUCACUUUGCGGACCUGUCAUCGAUGACGUGAAGCUGCUCAGCGUUCGCAGCCCUCGACGUAGCUGAGCAAAGUAAGAUAUGGAGAGAGCGAGAGAGAGAGAGAGAGAGAAGAGGGCUUCUUACUCC